AUAUAUAUUUUAAAGUAGGUAUGAUUUGAUUUGAGUGCUUACUAUAUCCCAGGUGCUGUUCUAAGUCUCUUACUCCUGUUAACUCAUUUAAUUCUCACAGCAACCCCACAAGGUAGGUACAGUACUGUUGUUAUCCCCAUAUUACAGAUGAGGAAACUGAGGCACAGAAACAGUAAGUGACUUGCUCCAGGUCAAAGGACUGGAAAGUAGCAGAGCCAGGUUGAACGCAGGCAGACUUGCUCUAACAUUUAGACUAUUUGCAAAAUACUUAAGACAAUACCUGGCACAAAGUUAGCACUCAACAGAUGUUAGCUAGUACUAUUAUCAUAAUUAUCGCUAUUUUGAGGAGUGGAAACUGAGGCUCAGGCAAGGUAAUUUGCUCCCCAGUGGUCCUCCAGCCAGAAGUGAUAACAUGGGGAUUCAUCCUAAGACUCCAUCAGCGGUUGCCACCCCUCUGAGCGGUUAGGUGUCCAAGCGCUUGCCUGUUUCUGCGAGGGAAUCUGCCAAAUCUUCCAGCCCUUGUCCCACCUCCAUCCUUCCGUCAGGGCCCAGCAGCCACAGCCCAGUGGAGUCCGGGAGACAUGGCCUGGCGGCUAUGGAAGCUGAGUCCCUUCUCGGCCCUUCCACAGUUUCACACUGAGCCUGUGGGACAAGGCCGCCCAUGUUCCUGUGACACUCAGGGCUUCCUUCGCAGACAGGACUUUGGCCUGGAUCUCGCCCUGGGGACGGAGGAGCUCAUCUCGGCCCCCUUCCUCUUCUACCCCCAGCGAUUCUUCGAGGUGCUGCUCCUGUGCCAGGAGGGAGGGCUGAAGCUGGCGCUCAAGGGACAGGGCAUAGGGACCACCAGCCUGGACCAGCUAACCCUGGAGCGGCUGCGGGAGCUCCGGAUCAGUGGCAGCGUGCAGCUCUACUGUGUCCACCAUUGAGGAGGGAUCCAGAGGGCCUGACCAGGGAAGAAGAAGGCCAGCCUAUGCCUGGAGCUACACAGUAUGGCCUGCCUCUCCUCCUCUCAUUAGACUGUCCACCUGUCACCACCAUGUCACGCCUGGCUCGCUUCUGGGGCCAUGAGCCUGUGUCUGCAGGGGCUUUGGGCCCCACAGCAGAAGGGAGGCACCAGAAUGUGAAGGCUCCUCAAACCCUGCCCCUCCCUCCACCAGGAGCCUGAGAUGUGUCUCAUGUCCCUUCAGGACCUGGAGCAGGAGGCUGGUUUUGUAGUCCAACAAAGACACUCAAAAUACAGUGGCCUAAAGAAUUUAGACAUUUAUUUCACUCUCAUCUAACAGUUUGGGAGAAAAUGGUCCAGGUCUGUGAGGCAGCUCUGCUCCCCAUGGACAUUCAGGGUCAUCCUGGUCAUCGUCCCGCCACUCCCAGAGCAUCAGCAUCAUCUCCCAGGCUGAUGCUCAGUGGCAGCCAUGUCUAGGUUUCAGCCACUGGAAUGCAAACAGGGAAUGUGGACAAGGCCCCUGAUUUCCUAAGCCUGGGCCUGGGAUUGACACACACUGUUUACACUCGCUCUCAGGGGUGAGCACGCAGUCGCACAGCCACACUGUGUGCAAGGGACGCUGGCAAUGUUCCCUGGGGGGAGGGCGGGUGCCCAGUCACAGUUGUAUUACUGCGAUUCCUGGUAUCUUUAGGUUUAUUUACACCGUCUUAUUGUGUAUUUUCUAUUUACCAUGCUAUUUUUUCAGCUUAUAUUUUCAGCUUUCUUGCUUGCUGUUGGAUUGAUGAGAUCUCUUUAUCAUCCUCGGUUUUUUUUUUUUAGACUGAUUUGUAAGUUAUAGAUAGGGUUUUACACCUCUGGUGGUUAUCCUUACUGUAUAUUUUGUUUUUUUAUUAACACAAUAAAAUUGACCUUUUGGAGUGGGUAAAAUUCUACUUUUAACAUAUAUGUAGAUUUGUGUAACCACCACCACUAUCAGGAUGUGUAAGAACUCCUUCACCCCAAAAACGCCCUUAGUCAUCCCUUGUUGUCACACCUCCUCCACCCCCUCCCUGAGCCCAGGUGACCCACCAAUCUCUUCUCCAUUACUCCAGUUCUGUCUGUUUGGGAAUGGUGUGUAAAUGACGUCAUAUAGAACGUGGCCUUCUGAAACUGGUUUCUUUCACUCAGCAUUAUUCUUUUGAGAUUCAUCUAAGUUGCUGUGUGUAUCAGUGACCCGUUCCUGUUUAUUAAUCAAUGGUGUUCCAUUGUCCCACAAUUUGUUUAUGUAUUGACCCACUGAAGAACAUUCAGUGUGUUCCCAGUUUCUGCCAAUUAUGAAUAGAGCUAUUAAAAACAUUUAUGUACAAGUCUCUGUAUGAACAUAGCUUUCCAUUUCUCUAGGUUUAAUACCUACCAGUAGGAUCAAUGGACAAGACAAACCUGAAUUAUACUGCUACAACAUAAAGGAAGUGUUAUAGGUUGAAUUGUGCCCCCCAUUCAUAUAUUGAAGUCCUAACCCCCAGUACCUCAGAAUAUGACUGUAUUUGGAGACAGGGUCCCUAAGAGGUAAUUAAGUUAAAAUGAGGUCACAUGGAUGGGUCCUAAUCCAACUGGUGUCCUUAAAAGAAGAAGAGAUUAGGACACAGACACACACAGAGGACCAAUCUUGUGAAGACAUAGGGAGAAGGCAGUCGUCUACAAGCCAAGGAGAGAGGCCUCAGAACAACCCAUCCCUCUAGAAUUUCUAGCCUCUAGAAUCAUGACCAAAUAAAAUUCUUUUGGUUAAGCCAC